CAUAAAGUUUAUGCGUGUUGUAGUCGAGUAGUUUAGAAUGCAUUAAGACGGAUAUUUUUGUGCUGGUUUUAGAGAACUACUAUUCGUUCUCUAGAAAACUGAGAUACUAUAACAGCAAUAUGAAGUAUUUGAUGUUAUACUCGACAUUGAUAUUAUGUGUAUAUUAUGUUUCUAUAUGAAAUGUAAAGAGUAGAGGCGACAAACAUUCGCUGUUAAAAAGUAGUCAAACUGUUCUGUAGAUGGUAUUGUUUGCAUAGCAAUUAUAGUUCGAUACCGAGUACAGAAUAAAAGGAAGCCGAAUGAAUGCCGAGCUGUGAGCCGAGUGCCGAGUGAGGGAGGAAAAACAUUCUAUCCUGUUCUGUAAUAGAUCUCUAUACUAUAUUUACAUGAUGUUGUAAGGGGUUGAUAUAUUCGUGUCCCAGGCUGAGUGAGGAACCAACGACAAUGGCUCGGUACACGAAGCUGCGUUCAUUUUGGGUCAAACACAAGCUGGGAGCUCGCCUUAAAGUGUUGAUUGUGGUCGUCGCGUUUGUGUUUCUGAUCACUCCUCUGAGGAACGUGGUCAUCCCAGGCUGGCCUCAUGUGUUCAGAGACCUGAGUACGAUUAAGGUUGCGCGCAUCCAUGUUGUUGAUCUGUUUUUCUACGUGGACCGGAGUGAGUACACAGAGUCCUGUGACUUCGUCAAAAAACGGUUGGAAAAUGUAAAAAUGCCGAAACUGGAUGACAUGCCUCAUUACAGUGCAGAGGAAUUUCUUCGUUUCGCCAGUAAGAAAAAGCGGUCGUUAGACAAGGAUUUGGCGGCUGUCCUGAACAAGUACCAGCCGUCGCUGACAGGCCGGGAGCAGCAGAUGAUGUUGUUCGCCAUGCUGUCCACCACCCAGGCUCUCUCCGCCUUCAACAUCUCAUACUACGUCUCCGACGGCACUCUGAUUGGCUACUGGCGCCACCAUGGCCUCACGCCCUGGGAUGAUGACGUCGAUAUGUUUAUCGACAGCGAAAAAUGGCCUUUGGCGAGGAAAGUCCUCUCCUGUCUUCCUGACCUGGAGCUGAACAUGGGCUCCGACUACAUGUGGAAACUUUUCCACAAAGACGCGGAAUUAUGGCAAGGCGAGUCCUUCCUCAAGUUCCCGUUCAUCGACGUGUUCCUCUACAGGAAUGACUCGGAGCACGUGUGGCCGCUCACCAUCUGGCUCAAGCCAACAAUCAUUGCCCCAGUAGACUGGGUUCUCCCCCCUGCCCAAGGUGUGUUUGAGGGGUGGCCGAUAGCCAUCCCCCGCAAGCCUGUGGAGUUUUUACGUCUGGAGUACGGCUCCCCGAUCUCUGAUGACUGCUACUCCAGAACCUUUAUGCGGCGGGAGAGGUACCUGGUGCCCAAAGAGGACAGGUCUCACCUCCCUUGCUCCGUCUUGAAAGAUGCCUACCCGUUUGUGUCGAGACAACGAAUCGACCAGAAGACCAACACGGUUCUAGAGGAGAGAGUUCUUCUCUCGCAAGUCUUGUCUUCUUUCAACACAUCCUACAGAGGGGUGUUCUGAUGAGGCCUUUCGUGAUUGCUCAGGGCUGAUCUGGGUUGAAGCUUUGUCUGGGUAACCCUCCAUCUUGAAAUUAUCAUUCCACGGAGUAUUUCUAUAUAUUGGAAUAAUUGUGAAACCUUGUUUUUUGUUUUUUGUUUUUUUUUGGGGGGGGGGUUUGUUGGUUUUUUUGUCAACCAAACGGCUCUUUCUGUUUUACUAUUAUCAUGAAUAUUUUGAAUUGAUUUGUCGGUUUGCUGGUUUUUUUCUUUUUGGACGGAACGGGAGGAAGGGGUUGGUGUUUUUCUGUUGUGCGGUCCUAGUGGUAGGUACUUAUCAUGUAGGAAGUAUGAAGAAGAAGUCCCCGUUCAUGUCUGUAGAAUUGAUAUUAAUACUCACUUGUGAGAAGGAAUAGAUUAUUGAUGAGAAAUGUGUUAUUGUUUAUUAAGUUUCAGAAAUAAUUUGUCACUUCCAUACACUCUCGCCACAUGAUGCUUCGCUACUGUAAAAGCAUCCCGAUUAAACCGGAGCCCUCAGCCUCAGAUUUUUUUCUUUUGUUUUCAAUCGAAGGACCCCGAUAGAUGGGACUUGCAUAAUCUGAUUUUUUUUUUUACCUGUCGUAACUGACUUUUUAAUGGAAUUGACAUGAAAAUGCAGAGGGGGGGGGGAGGGGUUUCAAUAUUUGCAUGGCGUAAGUAUUCGCAUUUUUAUUUGCCUGUAAAAACCAGUAGAUAAUCCAGCUUAAGCUGCGCAUGUUCACAAGUUGAAGUGGAGCUUUUGAAUGCUCAAUGUGUGACAAGCUUUUGUCUGUUAGAAUCGCGGUCUCAUUGGCCAUAGAUGAAGCCACAAGUCAUCUUAACUUUUAAUACUUACAGUAGUUCUUCUAUUUCGCUUGACAAACAUUUUCUUCUGCUAAUGUAUUGGGCAUUGUCAGACGCUGACAGUUGAACUCUUCUUCUUCUUCUUCUUUUUAUUAUUAUUAUUAUAAUUUCAUGUAAUUACUAUAUACACAUGUUAAAUUCAUUACUACUGUUCGUUUGUAAUUUUUAUUUCAUUAUCUGGGGUUCCUCUAAUUAUUUUUCCAGAAGCUCUUGAUUUUUUGGGAGGAUUCCCAGCUAGGAAAACACCUCUUUUUAGUGAUGGAGUGGUUGACCGGUCAGUGGCUGAGACUGGGAGGGUCAGGGCCCAGCUUUGGGAACUGUUGUUGUAAAUGACGGGAGGGAGAAGUGCGUGGAAAAGUUAGGUCAUAGUGGACUCCCCGUCGCUGUUCUAAAACAAAAUUGUCUUCUAUUUGAAGUGAGGUACAAAUAGGAACUUUCUGAUGUGAGGCAAUAGAGGCGAAUGACUUCAACUGAUGAAUGAUUUUAUCCAUUGUGAAAUUAUGAAAGCAAUGAAUAAUGUGCCCCUAUAAUGUGUCAUCCUCAGUUGAGAUCUGGACUGUGUAGAUGCUCCUUUGCUAGUGGACAGUUCAUUCACUCGUCGUGUUCUAUUUACAGUCAAGCAGUACUGUGUCUGUAGCAAGUACUGUAUGACUAUCAAGCUUUUCACAACACCUGUCAACUUCAAAUUUAAAACGUUAAAGAUGAAAACAAA